AUGACGAGUCACUCUGAUUCUGCUGAAGAAGAUGCUGUCGCUUCACCCGCAGAUGAGCUCAGCAGCUCUAAUCAGGGCGUUGAGCCAGUAUCUCGCCGCCGACUUGCGUUUCGGCCUCCUCUAGAUCCACAACCACAGAGUGCGAUUGCACGCCUUGACGCCACCGCUGGCGAAUGCCCGGCUAUUGCUGGAGUAUGUUUGCACGUUAUACGCAACAUUAAGAUGAGAAGAGUUGAAUGGUGGUUGAUCAAGACUUUGAAACAAGCUUUAUUAAAAAAACUGCAACAUUUUGUGCAGCUCUGA